GCGCAGGCGCAGAGGGGGACUUCGCAGCCCGGGCGUCUGGAGCUGUAGCUGGGCCGCAGUGGUCUGUGCGCCAGGCCCUCGUUAGGGGGCAUCUCUUUUUGUGCCUGGUGUCCGCAAUGGCGGAGGCGAUGGAUUUGGGCAAAGACCCCAACGGGCCCACCCAUUCCUCGACUCUGUUCGUGAGGGAGGAUGGCAGUUCUAUGUCCUUCUACGUGCGUCCUAGCCCGGCUAAGCGCCGGCUCUCGACGCUCAUCCUGCACGGCGGCGGCACCCUGUGCCGGGUGCAGGAGCCCGGGGCCGUGCUGCUGGCCCAGCCGGGGGAGGCGGCGGCCGAGGCUUCGGGCGACUUCAUCUCCACGCGGUACGUCCUAGACUGCGUGGAGCGCAACGAGAGGCUCGAGCUGGAGGCAUAUCGGCUGGGCUCGGCCGCAGUGACGAAGCCCGGCUCCCGGACUGAGGGCGCCGCCGCCGGGCAGCCCACCCCGCAGCCGGACCGGGGGCGAAUCGCCUUCAGCUACGCAGACGAUCUGGCCAUCCUGACCUACGUGAAGGACAAUGCCCGCUCGUCCAACUCCGUCACGGGCAACGCCUUGUGGAAGGCGAUGGAGAAGAGCUCGCUCACGCAGCACUCGUGGCAGUCCCUGAAGGACCGCUACCUCAAGCACCUGCGGGGCCAGGAGCACAAGUAUCUGUUGGGAGACGCCCCGGUGAGCCCCUCCUCCCAGAAACUGAAGCGGAAGGCUGAGCAAGACCCGGAGGCUGCAGACAGCGGGGAACCACGGAAUAAGAGAACUCCAGACUUGCCUGAAGAAGCAGAAGCAGCUGAGAAAUUUGUGACGGAGGAGAUGCAGGAGAAGGAAGAAACGGUCAAAAAGAUUCUUGUAGAAGCCACCCGGGAGUUUGAGGAGAUCGUGGUGGACGAGAGCCCUGACUUUGAGAUACACAUAACAAUGUGUGAUGAUGAUCCACCCACGCCUGAGGAAGACUCAGAAACACAGCCUGAGGAGGAGGAGGAGGAGGAAGAAGAGAAAGUUUCUCCACCAGAGGUGGGAGCUGCUAUUAAAAUCAUCCGGCAGUUAAUGGAGAAGUUUAACUUGGAUCUGUCAACAGUUACACAGGCUUUCCUAAAAAAUAGUGGGGAGCUUGAGGCUACUUCCUCCUUUUUAGAGUCUGGCCGGAGGGCUGAUGGAUAUCCCAUUUGGUCCCGACAGGAUGACUUAGAUUUACAAAAAGAUGAUGAGGCUGCCCGAGAUGCAUUGGUCAAAAAAUUUGGUGCUCAGAAUGUAGCUCGGAGGAUUGAAUUCCGAAAGAAAUAAUUGGAAGGAAUGAGAAAGAAAAGUUGUGGCAUAUUAUGCCACAAUAAAAAAAUUUGUAACCAUCAAACUUUAGAGAUUCUCACGUUAGAAUUGGCACUUGUCUUCUGAUCAAUGCUGCUGUUGCUCUGUCAGUCUUAGAUUGUGUAGCCAAGCAGAAUUGUAUAGGAUAAUACAAAUAUAAGAAAUCGGAUAUAUUUAGAGAUGUCCCAGCAGUAUCAGUGUGUUCCUGAAAGCAAAAUUGUAACCAGGGAGAGGUUGGUCUCCCAAGGUAAGAAACCUUUUCUGGAAUGGAACCCCUGCUAUGUUGUUGAUGGGAGCUGGUGACAGAGUUAAAGGAGGAAAAUUAGGAGAUUGGUUUUUUCAGGCAACAGCAUGAAUAAAGAGCUGCCUAUCCUUUGGCAGAAGCUUGUCCAGAUUGUGGUAGAUUCCAAAUCCAUACUCUAGAAAUAUGGAACGAUUUAAUUACAGGGCCUUGAACAUGGACUGUCUCAAGCCCUCGCAUAUCCUGGUAAGCUCUGAUUUCUAGACUUCUUUGAAAACCCCAUAUUGUCUUUGCUAACUUGAUACCUGGGGACCUUGCUCCUUGGCUGUGCUUUUCUGUACUUCUCAGUUAAGUCUAGAUAUAUUUCUUUACCUACAGUUUUGUUUAAAGUACACACAAAACCCUAGAGUCUCAAAAAUAGUCUUGAAUUUAAGUUUAUUGAGGAUGAUUUUGUGCUAAAGACUGUGCUAGAUUUAAAAAUCAGUGGAUUUUUUGUUGUGUUGUUUUCAUUACUGAAAAUAAAUAGAACUUUGUAUUUGA